AUGGACAUCAGCCGUGUCUGGGACGAGAUUGUCCUACUCCGCUCGACGUUGCUGCCUGACGAGUUCAGCUGGCGCGGGACACCCGACGAGACAGAGGUAUGGGAGCGUGUGUAUGAGGCUUGCCAGGAUGGCCAACCUUUACCGAUGUCUGUACCACCACAGCAAGUGCAUCUGUCAUUGUGUGUGAAUAAGCAGUUAGGCGUUUCAAUGAAUGUUAAACUCAACGAAUCCAAUGCUCGUCCUGGAAUCUCAGUCUUUGUUCAGAGAACAGAUCUUAUCUCACAAGCCCAACUGACUGACAUGGUUCAACAGCGUCUCGAUGAGUGCGCAUUGCAAGACAUUUCACAUCGGACGUUUGACGUGUUGAACUUACUGCAUGAAAUUACAUCGGAGAUCGAAGAAGUGCAUGAAUGUAUAAGUGUCGACCAAGAACGUUUCCAACAUGCAGUCGCUCGUCAAGCGAAUGCACAGAGUCUUGCGAUGAAGCGCGUGAUCUUUUGGUCUCAUCACCUUGUAGCACCAUCGAAGCGGCGCCAAUUUGCAGCAUGGUGUCCAGAGCUAGGUGUGUGGGGCUUGUUCAAGCUGGGUUACCCAGGAUUCUUGUGCUUUGAAGGUGCUUGUGACGAUGUCGACGAUAUGGUUCGCCGCGUAAAAGGCAUGCAAUGGGCGGCCAUAUCGAUGCGUACCGAAGUAGCGUGGACAUUUAUACGCACCGAUGACAUGCUGGGAACAACACUGGAGGCGGCGAUCCGGCAUUGUCCUCUAGCAAAGGCGCGUCCACUGUAUGAAAAAGUGCGCACUGACGCAAAAGAAAUCGAGAGUAUGAGCGAAUUUGUUGCAUGGUACGUCAUAUUCCCACCUUGA